UGCCUGUAGGACAUCUCCCUGAUGGACAGGUACCAGAUAAGACCUGCCUGCAGGACAUCUCCCUGAUGGACAGGUACCAGGUAAGACCUGCCUGUAGGACAUCUCCCUGAUGGACAGGUACCAGGUAAGACCUGCCUGCAGGACAUCUCCCUGAUGGACAGGUACCAGGUAAGACCUGCCUGUCUGCAGGACAUCUCCCUGAUGGACAGGUACCAGGUAAGACCUGUCUGUCUGCAGGACAUCUUCCUGAUGGACAGGUACCAGGUAAGACCUGCCUGUCUGCAGGACAUCUCCCUGAUGGACAGGUACCAGGUAAGACCUGUCUGUCUGCAGGACAUCUCCCUGAUGGACAGGUACCAGGUAAGACCUGUCUGUCUGUGGGACAUCUCCCUGAUGGACAGGUACCAGGUAAGACCUGCCUGUCUGCAGGACAUCUCCCUGAUGGACAGGUACCAGGUAAGACCUGCCUGUCUGCAGGACAUCUCCCUGAUGGACAGGUACCAGGUAAGACCUGUCUGUCUGUGGGACAUCUCCCUGAUGGACAGGUACCAGGUAAGACCUGCCUGUCUGCAGGACAUCUCCCUGAUGGACAGGUACCAGGUAAGACCUGCCUGUCUGCAGGACAUCUCCCUGAUGGACAGGUACCAGGUAAGACCUGCCUGUCUGCAGGACAUCUCCCUGAUGGACAGGUACCAGGUAAGACCUGUCUGUCUGCAGGACAUCUCCCUGAUUGACAGGUACCAGGUAAGACCUGUCUGCAGGACAUCUCCCUGAAAGACCGAUACCAGGUAAGACCUGCCUGUCUGCAGGACAUCUCCCUGAUGGACAGGUACCAGAUAAGACCUGUCUGUCUGCGGGACAUAUCCCUGAUGGACAGGUACCAGGUAAGACCUGUCUGUCUGCAGGACAUCUCCCUGAUGGACAGGUACCAGGUAAGACCUGCCUGCCUGCAGGACAUCUCCCUGAUGGACAGGUACCAGGUAAGACCUGUCUGUCUGCAGGACAUCUCCCUGAUGGACAGGUACCAGGUA